CCCUGCUCUGGUUAAAGGGGGGGGGGAAAUAAACUGAGAAAACAUACACAAAUAAUAGACAAUAAGACGUGCGAUCGAAGUCAACAUUGUGAUGAUCGGGAUUACGGUGUUUUAGCAGACGGCACGGCUACAUUGUGGAUGGGAAUUGAGAGCGUUUUUCUGAUGGAUUAAAACGGGGGGAAUAAAACCUAUUCCGGGAUUGACAGCAGCAACAAGGCUAUUUAAUCGCUAAUUAAGAGGCAUGGCUCAGAUGAGGAAGCUGGCAUGUGAUGGCAUCAGGACGAACUCCCGGGGUGAGCCGCAGGUUCCGCUGGUGUCAGCCAGACAGGAGAUCCUCACCAGCCUGGUGUCUGCCCUCGACUCAGUGUGCAUGGCAAUGUCCAAGCUCAAUGCUGAGGUGGCAUGCGUCACCGUGCACGAAGACAGCGUGAUCGCCGUGGGCACAGAAAAGGGCCGAGUGUUCCUCAACUCCAGGAGGGAAAUCCAGACAGACUUCUACAAGUUUUGCCGGGCGCCAUGUCUGCAAAAUCUGACCACAACGAAUGCCCAUACCAAAGACCAGGAAGGCGAUCUCAGCAAACUGAGUAAAGAUGGCGAGCACGGGAAACCGAGAGCUCCGUCGGACGCUCAAUCCAACAUCUUUGUUCUGCGGAAGAUGGUGGAGGAAGUCUUCACUGUACUUUACAGUGAGGCUGUGGGAAAGAGCAGCCUGGUCCCUGUGCCUUAUGAGUGGAUCCAGAAGGACCCCAGCUGUGUCGUGGCCCACGGUUUGCCGGAGGGAGUCGCCCUGAAGAAGCCGUCUGAAUACGACACCAAGACACUGAUGAAGAUUCUGGAGCAGAGCCACCGCAUCCAGUUCAUAGUAAAACGGCCAGCAGAGGAUUUGUCUCGAGAAGCCAAGUCCAGCACUGACGUCAAUCACAACUCUUCCACCGCCAUCAUGACACAGAGCAGCCACGGAGCAGUUAAGACGACCGCGCCUGCAGUCACGUCAUCGAGUCCCGCCGCUUCCAGCAACUCUGUUCUCUCUAACUUCCUGUACGGUAUGCCCAUGUCCUCCAAACCCCACCCUGACGGUAAUCUGGACUUCAAACCCAUGUCCCUCCUCAAUCUGGGCAAGGAUAGACUGGCCAGCUGGACAGACAAGGGCACAUCUGUCAAGGAUUGUGCUAAUAGCGAUGAGACAACGAGACUACCUGGUGAGCAGGGCCAGAGUCCUCCUGGUAUCCACAUCUCUAAGAGGCUCCUCUUCUCUAUAGUGCAUGAAAAGUCAGAAAAAUGGGACUCAUUCAUUCGAGAAACUGAAGACAUCAACACAUUGAGGGAGUGUGUUCAGAUCUUGUUCAACAGCAGAUACGCUGAGGCCCUGGGUCUAGAUCACAUGGUGCCUGUCCCCUACCGUAAAAUAGCCUGCGACCCGGGGGCUGUGGAGAUCAUCGGUAUCCCCGACCAGAUCCCCUUCAAGAGACCCUGCACCUACGGAGUUCCCAAGCUCAAACGCAUCCUGGACGAACGUCACGGGAUCCGCUUCAUAGUCAAACGAAUGUUUGAUGAAAGGAUUUUCACUGCUGCUGGCAAGAUUGCAAGAGAGGAGGGCAAGCAUGACCUGGGCUCCACGCCUGAAGACAGCUUCCCUGACAAUCUGAGCAUCCCGCCCACCACCACGGCCGAGUUGGUCAGCAAUCCUCACAGCAGCAGAUCAACAAGUGCAUGUGUGAGUCCCCUGGCUGACUGUGAAGCAGGUCCUUCAGGAGAUUGCAUUCCUUUGAAAAGGAUUAAAACAGAGCCUCCAGAUGGGGAGAUCAUUCAAGUCACAGUGCCAGAUGCUGGUACCAGCGGGGAGGAGCCCAGCGAGUCUGUGGCCGAGCCUGUCACGGCAGCAUCGUGUCCCGCCACAGCCUCGCCCUCUGCCCCCUCCGCUCCCUCGGCUCCACCCCACCACCCGAUGGAAAACCACUCAGCUGAAGCUUUGUCGCCUAGCGCUGCUCCUCACAGCAUCAGAAGAUCCUCUGAAGCAGGGAGUCUGGUGGAGGACAUCGGUGAGAUGAUUCUUCAGCUUCGGAGACAAGUUGAGAGCCUCUUCAGCAUUAAGUACGCUGAUGCUCUGGGCAUCCCUGAUCCAGGCAAGGUGCCCUACUCCAAGUUUCAGAUGUACCCAGAGGAUCUGUACGUCACCGGGCUGCCAGAGGGAAUCUCCCUCCGAAGGCCAAACUGUUUCGGAGCGGCCAAGCUGCGGAAAAUCCUGGCGGCAAGCGGUCAGAUCCAGUUCAUCAUCAAAAGGCCCGAGCUGCUGACCGAGCAAGUAAAACAAGAGAUGCCUUCCAUCCCCAUCUGUGAUGCAGAGCUGGCCACCAAGGACGCAGCACAAGUAACAGAGGACACUGCAGCAAUAUCCAAGAGACCUGGAUUCUCAGAAUGUUUGGAGUCCAAGCUGUCCAGGAUCGACCUGGCCAACACGCUGCGAGAGCAGGUCCAAGACCUGUUCAACAGGAAGUAUGGGGAGGCAUUGGGCAUCAAGUACCCCGUCCAAGUGCCUUACAAGAGGAUCAAGAACAACCCGGACUCAGUCAUCAUCGAGGGUCUUCCACCCGGCAUCCCCUUCAGGAAGCCGUGCACCUUUGGAUCCCAGAACCUGGAGAGGAUCCUGGCAGUCGCUGACAAAAUCAACUUCACCAUCACCAGACCUUUUCAAGGACUCAUUCCAAAACCAGCACCUCGACGGGUCACUUUACUAAAGAAGGCCUACGCCUCGAUAAGCGACGAUGACGAUAUAAACCGCAUGGGGGAGAAAGUCGUCCUUCGAGAGCAAGUCAAGGAGCUGUUUAACAAGAAAUAUGGUGAAGCUCUGGGCCUGGACCGCUCCGUCGUGGUCCCCUACAAGCUAAUCCGUGGCAGUCCAGAGUCUGUAGAAGUCAGCGGCCUUCCAGACGACAUCCCCUUCCGAAACCCCAACACCUACGACAUCGUGUGCCUGGAGAAAAUCCUUCAAGCAGCAGAUAAAAUAACAUUCAACAUCAAGAGCCAGCUACAGCCUUUUGCAGAAAUCUGUAGCCAGCCUUGUAACACAGUAGGAACAGACGCCUCCACCAAUCGACGGAAGCGCAAGAGAGUCCAGGAGAGCAACCGAGUACCUGCGUCCUCUGACCUGGGGAUAUCAACCAAUCAGAUUCCAGUAAUGCAGUGGCCCAUGUACAUGGUGGACUACAGCGGCGUGAAUGUGCAGGUUCCCGGGAAAGUCAAUUACUGACGGACAAACCUCGACCUCAGCAAAGGGAUAAGAAGAAAAAAAAAGAAGAAAAAAAAAAGGAGGAGUGUGUCAAAGUGAUACUCCCCGACUCUUCCCACUUGCGACACUAACAUUUUGUCAGAGUGCUGUGAGACUCGACAGUCUCUCCACAGAGUUUAAAGAGUUUGAUGACCCGAGUGUUGAAGAACAGCAAGAAUGUAUGUGGAUGAAAUGUCGUAGGGCAAAAAAGCUUGACUUACUUUUCUGUCUCCUACAUCAUCAUGGCAGUAAUAUAUUUGGAGUUUUUUUUUUUUUUUUCAUUUUUUGUUGUUUGUUGUUUUUUUGUUUUUUUUUUUACAAAAGCUGAAGACAUUUCUUAAAGUCAUGUUAUUUUUGCCCUUUACAUUUUACAAAGUGUCCAUCCACUGAGGUCAAAAGUUGCGGGAUCCUGCGUGUGGUUGCAAUGUAUUACUGACAAAAAAAAAAAAAAAAAAAAAUCAACAACAAAAAAAAAACAAACUAUGUCUUUGAUAGCGAUCUGGUUCCAUAAUAUUCAGAUAUUUGUACUUUUUAUUUAUUAUAUUUAUUAAAAUAUAACAUUAUGUGCAGGGAUGUAAAAUACAAUAUUCUGUUAUACAGCUCCUUAAGGAACUAUCACAACACUAACACUUCACCAACACUAAUGCUUCUAGUCACUACAGGAAUCCAAUUAAACAGCAGCUAUGAAGUGUCUUAAUUGGUUGUCGGGGCGACCGCAGGCCAUCAGAAAUUACAGUUAAACCUGCAGUAAAAAAAAACAAGACCUUCAAUAAACAGCCUUUUUUUUAUGUUAGCAUUACAUUAACAAUAUGUAAAAUAUCUCAUUUAAAAGUCAGCCUGAAUGUAUCAUGUAAAGGAAAGAAUGGUAUGUUAUUCUGCAAUGACUGUCUCUGGACUAACGAUAUUUAAUAUGCUGUACCUUAACGCCAAUUAGGCCUUUGAAAUAAAAUGUGUUG